CUUCUCAUCUGGUUUAUCGCUGAGCGAAAGCCUUCUAUCCGAUCUCAAAUCCUUCGUCUUCCGUUCUUAUAUACAUAUUCAUUCGCUGCUAGCCCUCCACCAUGGACAGAAUCAAGGAGAAAAUGAACGCUCUCCGCCUCGAGGCGGAUGAGGCCCAUGAGAAAAAUGAGGAACUCAAGGCCAGGGUGAAGACCUUGGAGCAGGAGAACCUGGCGAAGGAGCAAGAGAUCACAUCCCUCACCCACCGCAACCAACUCCUCGAGGCUGAGGUGGAGAAGCUGGAGUCUUCCGCAAAGGAGGCCAAGGAUGCCGCGAGCCAGAGCGCCCAGCACGAUACCCAGAACGAAGCGCUGCAGAGGCGUAUACAGCUGCUAGAGGAGGAGGCUGAGGAGGCUGACCGAAAUCUGCGCGAGACAAACGAGAAGCUCCGCCAAACAGACGUCAAGGCUGGCCACUACGAACGCAAGGUGCAGGCUCUCGAGACAUCUCGUGACGAAUGGGAGAGGAAGUACGAGGAGAUGGCAGCGAAACACGAGAGCUUGAAGAAGGAACUUGCGGAGCUCGAGCUCUCCUUGAACAGUGUUUAACAGCCAAACUAAACUGUGCUGGAAAGGGUGUCUCAACCAGUCUCUCAGUUGUUUGUCGUUACUAUUUCAUUGCACAGCCCACCAUUUUAUAAUAUUGUUGGCCCGCAGAAGGCAGAUCUCAUAACAUUCCUCCAUGUCUUUUGCCUCCCGCUCUUAUACUUCUCAGCCAUCUUGCCCCAGAGUCGACCUCAAUGGCUUUUCAAU